AUGGUCCUCAAAAUUAACGGGCACCCCUCUUCGACCUGCACCAUGCGUGUCCGCACCGUCCUGGCGGAGAAGGGCCUUGACUAUGAACUUCACACUGUCGAUUUGAUGAAGGGCGAGCAGAAGACCCAGACUUACCUGAAUGAGCUCCAGCCCUUUGGAAAAAUCCCAGUACUGCAGGACACCGAGAACGGUGUGCAAAUCUAUGAAAGCCGAGCAAUUGCUCAGUAUAUCAUCAACAAAUACCGCGGACAGGGAACUGAGCUGGCCCCUCCCGAAUCCGACCUGAAAGCCUGGGCUCUGUACCAGCAGGCCCUGUCCAUCGAGCAAUCCUACUUCGAUCCUGUGGUUUACGGCAUCGCGUACGAGAAGGUCUUUAAAUCUCUCAAGGGUCACGGUGAGACGGACGCGGCCCGCGUCCAGGCCCUUCUGUCACAGCUGGAUUUGGCGCUGCAGGGUUACGAGCGGGUGCUGUCCAAGCAGAAGUAUCUGGCUGGCGACCAGCUUACGUUUGCGGAUCUGGCGCAUCUGCCAUAUGGCGUCUUUGUGGAGCAGUUUGGGUUCGCAGAGUUGAUCCCGAAGUACCCGCAUUUCCAGAAGUGGUGGGAGGAGCUGAAGGCCCGGGAGAGCUGGAAGAAGGUUAAUGCUUAA